CUAUCGCGCCUUUCCCCGCCCGUCCCGCCCCCAAAACGCCCCGCCGCCCCGGAGCUCUGUGCGUGUGCUUGCUGUGCUGGAAAAACGACCACUGCCCCCUUUUUCCCGAAAAAAAACACCCGCCAUGUCGGCCAUAGAGGACGGGUCCUACGAUGAAUCCGUGCCCCUUCUUUCCCACCGCCGCCAGUCCAUCUUGGACAUGCCGCUCGGCCUGUUCCGGGGCCCCAACACGCUCCACAACUUUGCGUCGUCCUUCACGCGCGCGCAGCUGUUUGCCGCCCACAAGUUGGACACGGAUCUCCACAAAAAGCGCUCCUUCUUUGCCGCGGACUCCGCGGCCUCGCCGCAGGACGAGCUCUUCGACCCGGACCUCAUGGUGGCGCUGCCGGCCGGCGAGCGCUUGAGCGUGCUCCGCGCGGGUGCGCCGCCCGGCUUUGCGCACAACGAGGUGUUCUACCAGGACGAGAUCGCGUCCAUUCUCCACGACCGCUCGCGGCGCGGCUCCGCGGCCACCGGCGGCAUCCCCAUCCCCACGCGGCGCGUGUACCCGGCGGCGCUGUUUCUGCUGGUGCGGCUGGCCGUGUCCGUGGCGCUGGUGGCGCUGCACUUGGCCUUGACGCGCGUGGAGGACCGCGACGGCAACCUCGUGACGGUGAUCGCGGGCCAGAGCACGGCGCCGCAGACGGUGUUGAACUCCGUGAACGUGCUCAUUGGCGUUGGGCUCUUGGCGCUCCCCGUGGGCUUGUUGAAGGGCGGCUGGGUGCUCGGCGCGCCGCUCUUGGUGGCCUGCUGCCUCGCCACCUGCUGGAGCGCCACGCUCUUGUCGCGCGCCUUGGACACGGACCGCACCAUGAUGACGUACGCGGACUUGGGCCACGCGUCCUACGGCCGCACCGCCAAGGCGCUCAUCCUGGUGAUCUUCUCCGUGGACUUGGUGGGGCUGGGCGUGUCCUUGGUGCUUCUCUUCAGCGACUCGCUCUUUGCCUUGGCGGGCGACGAGACGCGCUGGACCAAGACGCGCUUCAAGCUCGUGGCCUUCGCCGUGUUGACGCCGUUCACCUUCUUGCCCUUGCCCGUGCUCCUGGUCUUCUCCUUGUUCGGUAUCUUGGCCACCGUGUCCAUCACCGUGCUCGUCUUUUGCUGCGGCCUCUUGAAGCUGGCCUCGCCGGGCUCCUUGAUCGAGGCCAUGCCCACCAACCUCUGGCCGCAGUCCACGCCCGAGCUCUUUGUGGCCCUCGGCAUCUUGAUGGCCCCGUUCGGGGGCCACGCCAUCUUCCCCAACUUGAAGUCCGACAUGCGCCACCCGGAGAAGUUCACCCGCACGCUCUUUACCACCUACACCAUCACCUUGCUCACCGACUGCUCCAUGGCCGUCAUCGGCUUCCUCAUGUUCGGCGCCUUGUGCAACAACGAGGUCACCAGCAUCUUGCUCGAAACCGCGGGCUACCCGCCGUGGAUCUACCCGUUGAUCAGCGGCCUCAUCUGCAUCGUGCCGUUGGCCAAAACCCCGCUCAACGCAAAACCCAUCAUCUCCACUUUGGACGGCAUCUUUGCGCUCGACUUCGCCGUUGAGGGCGAGCCCGCCCUGACCCAGGUUUUCAAAGAUGUGUGCCGCUUCUUGGUGAGGGUUGGCGUCAACGCCUUGUUCGUCAGCUUUGCCAUUAUCUUCCCGGAAUUCGAUAAGAUCAUUGGGAUAUUGGGCUCGUCCAUCUGCUUCAUCAUCUGCAUCAUAUUGCCCUGUUUGUUCUACUUGAAGCUUUGCAAGGACCAAGUCCAAGCCUUCGAAAAGUUCUACAUCAGCGCCGUCAUUCUCGUGUCCUCUGUGUUGGCCAUUCUGUGCACCUACGCCACCAUUGCUUACUAGCUACGAAAGGACCCUCGCAUAACGCUUUUAAUAGAAACAUUCAUAUUAGAAAUAAAUAAUUUAUUGUAUCCGGUCGUGCCUCUCGC